CGAAAAAUCUGGCACGUUUGUUUAGGUAGAUGCAAUCAUGGCGGAUAUAUGGAAUACUGUUUAUGAGUUUGUUUGGUCAGAGCAAUUUUGGUUAGCUGGAAACUAUACUUGGGAUGUGCUGAAAAAUACAGAUAAUGGCAUUUAUCAUCCGCAAAUAGCAGAUUUGCUUACCUCUGUUUACCUAUCUAUUGUAGUUUAUACUAUAAGAAUACUUUUCGAAAGAUACAUUUUUGGACCUAUUGGACAUUCUUUUGGAUUAAAAGCAAUUGUGAAAAAGGCUGCUCCAGUUCCUAUAUUGGAAAAUGCUUUUAAGCAGAAAAAAUCACCAUCAAAUGAAAUUUUGCAGCAUCCUCACGGUAUCAGUAACCACCGCCUGAUAUCUAGUCUUGCCAAACAAACAGAUAUGACAGUCAGACAGGUGGAGCGAUGGUUUAGGAUAAGAAGAAAUCAAGAAAGAACGCCUGUUUUCAAGAAAUUUUGUGAAUCCUCGUGGAGAGGGUUAUUCUAUUUCUUCAUAUUUUGGUAUGGAGUUUAUUUACAUUUAGAUAAAGUUUGGUUUUAUGAAACCAUGCAAGCAUGGGCUGGAUGGCCACAUCAUCACAUCACUAAUGAUGUCUACUGGUAUUACAUGAUAGAGGCUGCCUUCUAUAUUAGUUUGCUCUUCUCUCUGUUCACAGAUAACAAGAGAAAAGACUUUACUGAAAUGGUCAUCCAUCAUGUAGCCACCUUGUUGUUGAUGUUUAUGUCUUGGACCAACAACUUUGUUAGGAUUGGAACACUGGUUCUACUUGUUCAUGAUGCUGUGGACUUCUGGAUGGAGUCAGCCAAAGUAGCCAAAUAUUUAGGUUAUGACAAGCUUUGUGAACGUCUCUUUUUCAUCUUUAUGGUCGUCUGGGUCUUGACAAGAAUGAUCUUGUUUCCUUUUAGGAUCAUUCGUUCCACUAUGUUUGAGGCUCCAACUGGUAUAGGAAUUCCAACAGUUGGUUGGUGCACUAUGUGGUCAGUGUACAACUUUUUAUUAUGUAUUCUGCAAGUUCUACACAUCAUAUGGUUUUACUACAUUUGUCUGAUUGCUAAAGAUGCUUUCAGAGGCCAAAUGGAGAAAGACUCCCGCAGCAGCUCAGAAUCUGCCAGUGAUUCUGGUGGUGAUAUUCUGGAAAGCAAAGAAAAUCGUAUUGACCCAAUCAAAGCACCAACUCAAUCUCUCAAUGGUGUAGUCAGUGCCAAGGUCAAAAAAAUGUCUUAGAGUUAUUUUAUUUUAGUUAAGUAAUUUCUUUUUUUUUUUUACACCUGCCAAAUUCCAUUGAUUUUAAAAUUUUUUUUUAGAAUUAGAUGUUUGAUUUUAACUGUUCUCAAUAGGGGACACAAAUUUAAAAAAAGAUUUUAAAAAAAGGACAAAAAAAAAGUAUUUACUUUUUAUCUAGAUAUGAUUUGUACAAAUAUUUAAAAUUGUAACAUAAUCUGUGUGCAGAGUACCAUCCAUUAACCUACUCACUGUAUGUGCCUCCAGCAGUUAGGGCUGUAGCUUUUUUUCUUUUUUUUUAAGACUUACACCACAUAAAAAAAAAUAAUUUAACACUUAACUCAUUCCUUAUGUAUUGUUACAUUGUGCGCCACUGUGACUUUAGCUGAAGACAUAUCACUGCAUUUUGUGUUAUUGAUAGUUUGUACCAUUUUCUUUAUUUCAUUUUAAAACAAUAAUUAUUGUGUUUUUUUUUCAACCAAAAAUCACUAAAAACAGUUUUAUUCUCCUGUAUAUAAAUGUAUGCUUCAAUGUGUGCAUAUUUGUGUGUGUGUGUGAGCAUGUUUUUAGUGAAAAAAUAGGUCACACAAUGUAAAUACAAAAAUAUUGGAAGGCCUAAAUAAUUUUAUUCCAUUUUUUUGUUUGUUCAGUAAAUAAUGAAAAUUUUAUGCUAGUUUUAGAUAUAAAUGCUCAUUAUAUUUCAAAGAAAUGAAAAAUAUCUUUAUUUUGUUAAUAUUAACAAUGUUUGUGAUAAGUUGAAUAUUUGAUCCUUAUUUAAUUAUCUACAAAAAAGUUAAAAGAAAAAAACAAGCACAUUAAUUUGCUUUAUGAGUUAUGUAAGAUGAAAUUCCUUUUAAAUUUUUCAAUAUUUGAACUGUAAUAUGCAAAAAGUUGAUAAGCAACACAAAAUUACUUGAUACUGGUAUAAAAUUCUGCUAGCAUUUUCCACAUUUAAUCAUGCACCUUAUUUUUCACAUUCCCUAUUUUCCUUCUGCUGCACCAAGUUAAAUGAAGGUAUGAACUGAUUGACACAGAUUUUAAUUUACAUAAGGAAUGAGUUAAACUAGCACCUAGGCCACACAGUGGGAAUGUCUAGAUUUAUUUACUAAGUUGUUGAUGAAUAAAAGUCAGCAAUGAUGAAGCUGCAGUCAAAUCUGUUUAUGACUUGAGCAGACCAAUCAAAUGGUAGUAUAGAUCUGUGCAGAGAUUUUGUUAGGCAUACCAGUUGAAGGUCACUUGGUAUUGGCAUUCAUCAAAUUAUUACAUAUAGUUUCUUGUUUUAUCUUUUUCACAAUUUUCAGUUAUGAAUGAUAUAUACAUGUAUGUUUAUUAUAUAAAUAUAUGUGUUUCAUGAUUUUGUUAAAGCUCUUGUCUAUGCAGAAGUGUGUGAAUUGUGAUCAGUUUGCUUUUUAUGACCAGUAUGGUUGGGUUAUAAAAAUAAAAUUUUGAGUUGGCGAUUGCAUUCAUCUACUGUCCAUUUGACUGGCAUGUUGUUUUGAAUUAUAUAUUUUAAAUUCCUUACAUAUCAUAAUUUGCCUGUAGAAGUUGAUUAAUUGGCAGUGUAAAACAGACUUGUUUGAUUUUGGUCUCAACUGUUUAUCCAGUUUGACUGUAUGAAAAUAUCUUUUUUUUUUUUGUGUGCAUUGAUUGGGAUUUAUAAAAAACUAUACUGAUAGAAAUAUUGUCUUUAAUAUAGCAUUGAGAUGCUUAGGGUUUUAGUUUAACCAAUUUUUUUUACAUUUUUAAACUUAGAUAUGUACUUUUAAAUAUGUCAAUAGUGACUGAUAUAUAUUUUGAUAGAGGACACAUUUGUUUCUAAUGAAAUGAGCAAAAAGAGCUUGUAUUUCCCAACCUGGGCAACUCUGUAGACCUUUUGAUGGUGGCUGGAAAAUAUUUGAAUAUACACAGAGAGCGCUUCUAAAGAAAGAAUAUGAAUUUGUGUGUGAAAGUGGAUCAAAGAUGAGAAAGGAUGGGGAGAGAGAGGUCUGUUCUAAGGUUUUAUUUCUAUGGGGGAAAAAAAGGUUAAAGAAAAACUCAGCUGAAUUAGUAGAUUUUAAUGGUAAUAUAUUCAAGCCAUCUUCUGAGUUUAAGAGUUAGUAUUUGGAUUUUUUUAUAUCUAAACCAUUCAUAUGUUUUAGAGUAAUUUACACCUGAGUUUGUGUAUUGAGAGCAGUUUAUCAGGGUAAUGCUGACCCUAGCUUUUUUUUUUUUAUCUUAUAAACAGCAUGCACUUUGCUGUAGAAGGCUUUGUUUACUGCAUAGUAAUUGUUUUCCUUUGAUUGACAUGCUAUGGGUUAUAACCUCAUGUACUCACCUUGUGCUAGCAGGUCAUCAACUGACCAUGUGUAGUUUGGUGAUUUCAAUGAAUAUGACCACAAGGACUAGUGAUAUAUAUAUAUAAACAACAAAGCACCUUUUGUUGAAUGUUUGUCCUGCUGUCCAAAUUCCAAUGUACAGUCUGUAUUUCAUUUGAUCAUUAUGUUUAUACUAUUUGAAUUCUGUUGCUGAUAGUGUUGACUCUAUCACCACUUUAUUUAUUUUUGCACCGUGUUCUUUGAAUAAAUUUGUUUUUCUUUUUUUUUUUUUAUAUAACCUAAAUAGUUGUGAAAAUGAGUUUUUCUUUUUGUUUGGUUACAUUACUAACAAUUUGAGUGACUGAUGUUGAGAUGUAAUUGCUAAUAUUUACAGUGGACAAAAUUUCUCUUGCUUGUUAUAUGUCUUACUGAGCUAUCAAGCAUUGAUUUAUAUAUACAGAAAAUCUAUUAUGUUUUAUCAAUAUAACUCCAUGCAUCCACUUAUUUGAAAAUAAGUAACUGGUGCAUGCAUUAUCAUGUGAGUUUCUUCCUAAGAAAUAGUUAAUCCAAAUAGUCUUCUAGUGUAGGAUUUUUCCUACUGUGCUUUCUUUUGCAUUCAAAUGGUUUCAUCACUUCACUUAAUUUUAGAUACAAACUUUCUAAAAAGUGUUGUACCUAAUCAGUUAUAAUGUUCAUAGUCAUCACUGAUGCACAUAGCUAUAAUGAUGCUGAACACUCACACACACACACACAGUGGUAAUAAUGAAUGGAUCUUGCAUGUAAUUGUAAUACAAAUAUGUUUAAUAAUGAAUGCAUCUUGCAUCUAGCUAAUUCCACAUGCACAGAUAUGUAUAUAAAUAUAUACUGGUACACAAAUGUACAAGUAGGUUUCCUUGAAACUUCUAUUAAUUAGACACAAAAUUAAGGAUAGAUUAGUGAUUCUUUACUGUAUGGAACUAACAAGAAGGGAUAGUUUAGUGAGUCUAUACUGUAUUGGCCUCCUUAAGUCGUAAAUCAACUAUGGUUCAUCUCCAACACUUUUUCAUGUGGCUGUGGAUCUCUUUUGGAGAGACACUCCCGUCCACAUGUAUUGCAGGUCAAGGUGGCUUUUGCUUUGGCGGUAGAGAAGCCGACCAUUUUUAGUAUGGCACGCUUUUCUUCAAGAGCUGAGGCCCAUGUUUUCUCACUGUCCAUAGCUUUUUUGGUCACCCUCUCUCUCCAACUAGUGCGGUCUAGGGCUAUAUCUUCCCAAUGGUCAAUGGAACUAACAAGAAGGGAUGAUUUAGUGAGUCUAUACUGUAUGGAACUAACAAGAAGGGAUGAUUUAGUGAGUCUAUACUGUAUGGAACUAACAAGAAGGGAUGAAUUAGUGAUUCUUUAUUGUCUGGAAUCCAUUUACAUAUUAGUUAGCGCUCACCUGCAGGGCUUAAAUUUGAGUAGUUCAAUAAUACUAUUUGGUUUUCUCCUCCUACCAUUUGGAUUCACAUUGCUUGAAACAGCUUCAAACUAUUCCUUCAGUAUUUCUGUUUUCAUUUGUUGGUAUUUAAAUACAUAGGACUCAGUUUUUACAUUUUGUUAAUCAAAAGGAUUUCCAAACUAGUUGCUUUCAUGGGAUUGUUCUAAUAUUUAAUGAAAUCAUACUCCUGAUACAAAAACCUUUAUUGUGAUUCACAUGCUACAAUGAUUAAUGUUAUGUGAAUGAUUUUCUAGAAAUUUAUUAUUUAGUUUCUGAUAUUUUCUUUCUGUUUUUCAACCUUACUUUCUCACUAUAUUGUAUAGAUUCCUGAGUAUAUUACAAAGAGCAUCAGUUUGAGAACUGUUUUUAUUAAUAAUGUAUUGAUUGAUUCAGAAGAAACACUGGUCACAUUGAACUAUUCUGUUUAUGCAGCCAUUGAAUGUGCUAAUCACUUGUUAUUACCAGGACAUUAAUUGUAUGACUUCAUUGCUCACGUUUUCAGUGAAAUCUUUAACUGUCAAAUAAUCUUGAAAUGAUAAAUUAUUGUUUUUUUUCCCACAACCAAUGGAAGUUUAAUUUAAUUUAAUAAAUCAAGCCAUGCCUGCAAUAUUUUGUCUGUAAUAUCUAUUACAUCUGCAAUACUGGUAUUAAACAUUUAUUAUUCUAGCA